AUGAUUUAAAUUCUAAUAUUAACAGUUGUUCAUAUUUAUGGAUUGUAAAUUGAAGACAAAGUGACUUAUUUACCAGUAAGAUUAUUAUGAUGAAUUAAAUUAGCCAUUUAAUAUGACAGAUUUUAAUUUUUCAAUAUUUUCAGGUUAUUUAUCAAUAACAGAUAGCAACUAAUCAUUUCAUUAUGUAUUUGUUUAGAGUUAGAUUAAUAAUUUGAAUAAUAAUGUGCCUCUUGUAUUGUGGUUGAAUGGAGGGCCUGGUAUGAAAUAUAAGUAAUAUGUAAGGUUGUUCAUCAAUGAUUGGAUUUCUAUAAGAAAUAGGUCCUUUUGUAUUUUUGAAUGAUGAUGAUGAGAGUUUAUAAUUUAAUGAGUAUUCUUGGAAUAGAGUAGCACAUUUAUUAUUUUUGGAGAGUCCAAGUGGAGUAGGUUUUUCACAUAAUCCAUUGAACAUAACAUUCAAUGAUUCAUAAACAGCAGACCAUAAUUUAAAGGUAUUACAAGAGUUUUACAGCAAUUAUCCAGAAUAUUAAAAAAAUCCAUUGUGGUUGGCAGGUGAAAGUUAUGCUGGAGCAUAUAUUCCAUUAUUAGCAGAGAAGAUAAAGAAAUUUAAUGAUUUAGAAGUGGCAGUAAUAAAUUUACAGGGAAUGAUGAUAGGGAAUGGAGUAACAAAUUUAACUCAUCUUCCUAUAUCUUAAUUGAUAUAUUAAAAGGAACAUUAAUUGUUACCUCCAACAUUUGAUAUUACAGCUUGUGAGAAAGAUGUCACAUCAGAAGAAUGUGAAGAUAUCAAUUAUGAUGCUUGGAAGAUAACUAAGAGAAUAAAUCCAUAUGAUAUAUAUGGAUAUUGUUAUUAUGAAGAAAAGGAGAAUGAAAAUGAAUUAGAUUGGAUCUAAGAAAUGAAAUAGUUUAUGAUGAUUCAUAAUGAUAAUAUAGUUAAGGUUACAAAUCAUGAAUUAGGAGUACCUUGUGUACAAAUAGACAAUAUCUAAAACUAUUUAAAUGAUGUAUAGAAUAAAAGAUAUCUUCAUGUUGAUGAAAAUAUUUAAUGGUUUAUGUGUUCAAAAUCACAUAAUAAAUAAUUUAAAUAUGUAUCAGAUCCUCCUUUGGUAAUGAAAGUUUUAUAGGAAUUACUAAAUUUUGAUCUUUUUACUAUUUUAUUAUAUAAUGGAGAUGCUGAUAGUGUUGUUCCAUGGAUAGAUACUCUGCAAGGUAUUUAAUUAAAUUAUUUAGCAUUAUAAAAAUUGAAGAUCACAAUUACUGAAUAAUGGAGACCAUAUUAUGUUAAAAAUAAUUAACUAGGAGGAUAUACAUAAGGUUAUUCAAAUAAAUUGAGAUUUGUAACAGUAAGAGGAGCUGGACAUAUGGUUCCAUAAAAUGAUAGAAUUACAGCAUUCUAUUUAUUGAAUUAAACUUUAAAUGGAGAAGCUUUAUGA